CACCUGACCAGUCAGUCAGCUGUGAUGUUUUUCCCGGAGCUUCUCUCACACACAUACGGAACAAGUUGGUGUUCUGCGGUCCUCCGGUCCUGUCAGUGAUUAGCGCAAGUUUACACAACUAUCACAUCAUAUGAGGAAUAACAACCAAAGCGAGUGAUUAAUUCUUUAGUUAGCCGUAAGGAUGUAGCGCCUGAGCGAAACCUUCGGCUUGUUACUUUAACUUUUACACCUAGCCUGUGAUGCUAACCGGCGCGCGCGCACUCAAGUUUCCGUCGAGAUUAAACCUGGUUAAAGAAACAUCAUGGUAUCAGAUAAAGGGAGGUUUUAUCACUGAAUGCGUCCAUGAAAGGUAAGGACACGUCUGCGUGUCGACUGGACGUGGAUUGUGUGCUGAACAACGAAGUAGGACCCGACCAAAGAGAUGCCUUUUCCUCAGCAAGGUACGGUCUGGGUCGUGGGGUGAAGCGUAAGCUGAGCGAGGAGUCUGCGCUGGAUCUCCCGUAUCCCCAGCAGAGGCAGCUGGUCCUGGACCUGUGCCUGGACAAGCUGCAGAGCUGCCAACAACAUGCUGAGCCCAGCCUUCACCGCUCAGUACUGCUGGCUAACACGCUGCGCCAAAUCCAGCAGGAGAUGAGUCUGGAGGGUGGAGAUGCCCUGCCUCCCACUUCACCUUCUCUGAUUCCUCCACCCACUCCACGCCACAUCCCCGAACUCCGACCUGUAUCUCUAGACUCUUCACUUCUUCUCUCUGGACCCAUGUCCUCUUCCUCAUCAUCAUCACCAUCAUCAUCCCUGACACUCGAUGAGGAUGUCGAGAGUAGACCGCCGGCUCCGGAGUGCUCGGACGAGGCGGAUACGAAGACGCCAGAUUCUUUGUUCGGCACAUUCGAGAUCACAAAUUCCACCAGCUACCUGACGGACCUGCAGCUGGACGACAUCUUCGAGGACAUCGACACAUCCAUGUAUGACUCAUCAGAAAUCUCAAUCCUGGCGUUUUCCACACCGAGAGAAGACGGACUGAAGAACCUGUCGAACCUGCAGCUCUGCCUGGCUGACCUCAGUGAUCUCGACCACAUCAUGGACAUCCUGGUGCGCUCGUGAUCCUCACACACACUCAGAACGUCUCAAGCCAUCGUCACAUUUACACUGAAUGAAAUCUUUCAAUUUUUUAAAAAGCUUUUUUUUACUAUUAUUAUUUAAUGUAAUUAAAUCUAUUUUUAUACAAAGAACCGAUAUUUAUUAAAAUCAUAAACAACUGGAAUCUCACACACAUACACUGUAGGAUGCACGUUGCUCUUUUCCUAUUUAAGCAAAGAUCUGUACCUAUCUGCAGGGAACGAACAUCAACACGAAGUAUUAUCACUGAUCCUUUAUUUAUAAUGAACGCUGUUUAAAAAAGAAUGAAACUCAAUCUCUUUUAAGGAGAUAGACGUUUUAUUUCGUUAGUAUGAACCGAACUUAGGAGUAUUUCUCAAGCGUUAAUAAUACACACGUAUAUUUUAUCAGUACUUAUGCCAGCUCAUGACAUGCACGCGCGCACACACACACACACACACACUCGCACUACCUCUCAAAAAACCCAAGAGCAAUCUGUCUUUCUUCUAUCGCUUCUUCUUUUUAUUCAGUAACUUUCCCACACCGCUCCCAUCCAGCUUGGAGAUCUGUUUCUUCUUAAAGCUCUCAUCCUCUCUUUAUUCAGAUCUUACAGGAUGAAGAAUUACAUUUUAUUUUUCCUGUAUAUAUUUUUUUUAAUUUGUUUUCAACUGCCAGACCCUGUCAUGAACUUUAGUGCCUACGAACGGAGGAUGAAGACUAGCGAUGGUGGACGUGCACACUGUGGACACACUCGAUAUCUCUUCAGUAGAAAGCCCAGUCUUUCUAAAGCCAUGAUUGCAGCUGUUUGUACACAAUCUGCUCCGAAACCUUAAAAUUCACACAGCUGACACUACAGAAGUUAUUCCGGAUGUCUAAGGACACGUUUCGGACCGAAUCCGUGCCUCGGAUCUGCAACCUGACUUUCUCGGAGUCUGUGUGAAAUGUCUGAACAAUGUUUAAUCUUUUCUACACGACGCUGUGCUACACUCUCAUCCUAUACACAAACGUACUGAACUGAAUCUGGUUCACCUUCUUACUUACAUGGUGGUGGUAACAACCCCAGUAGAGUGGGCGGAGCUAGAACCAUCACAGCUUGUCGAUUGGUCAAGUAAACCAAAACUAGUUUCACAAUUUUAAAUUUCAUUUUAUUUAUUUACCCUUCAGUCGUCUUUUCCUUUGGCUACAUAUAGGGUUGCAAAGGGGCGGAAAGUUUACGGUAAAUUUCCAGUAAAUUUCCACAGGAACUCAAUCUGGGGAAUUUUGGAAAUAUUCCAAAUUGGAAACUUUACGGGAAUUUAUGGGAAUUAUUUGGAAAUAUAGGGAAAUUUAUAUAAACAAUAUCAUAUACAAACAAAAACAUUUUGUUUGGUCAUAACACUCCUAAUUUACUGCUUAUUAAGAGUUAGUAAGGUAGUUAUUAAGUUUAGGUAUUGGGUACAAUUAAGAAUGCAGAAUAAGGUAAUGCAGAAUAAGGCAUUAAUAUGUGUUUUAAUAAGUACUAAUAAAUAGCCAAUAUUCUAUUAAUAUUCAUGCUAAUAAGCAGCUAGUUAAAUAACCCUAAAAUAAAGUGUUACUGUGCAUGUUAUGGAAGAAUGCAAGUGCAUGCAAGGGGUUUGGCCUCAAUGGUCCUCCAGUAAGCAGUGUGCUGUGUGCAAGUGACCGAAGAACGCAAGGUAAAAAAUUGCUUAAAUUACAUUAAAUCAUCUUGUUUAAACAAGAUUAUGCUGUAAGAUUUUUUAUAACUACAUUGAAGUUCCUUGUUAUAGGUAACUCUGCAUUUUUUUAAAAAUUCCCAGUUUAUUUCCAUAUAUUCCUGUUAAUUCCAAUGGAAAGUUUCCAACCUUGAAAAUUCCUGGAAUUUUGCAACCCUAGCUAAAUACAAGUCUAAUGCAAACACACUGAUUGAUAGACAGUCCAUCUUUCAAGAAAAUCAUGACGAUUAAUAAUUAGAGCUAAAAGGAAGGGGCGGGGCUUACAGAGAGUGUCGGAUCAUAUCAUGGAACAAAAAAACAUGUAUACAAAUCGUUACAGGUUCAAAGUUAGCUUUUUUAUAUAUAUAUAUAUAUAUAUAUAUAUAUACACACACGUUACAGUGCACUGUGGUGUUAAAAUGAAGGUUAGCCGCUCUGAUGUUCACGCAUUCGGCUUCAAGGAUUCAAUUGAUACCGCUGCAAAAAAAAAACCUCACUGUAUCUCAGAAGAACCUGAUACGUGGACACCAUAGAAACUCAUCAGAUAGUCCUGAGGAGUAGAAGCAGUGGUGUUAGAGCGCAGGGAUGUGGAGAGGGUGCGGUGUUUAUGCUGAAUGAGAAGAUGGUUGGGGGAAGGGAAAGAGAGAGAGAGCAGGAGGAGGAGCUGAAGUCUGAACACUGAAACAUGGAGGAAGUUGUGGAAAACGCUGCAUUGAAAUGAAUGUGUGUUUCACUGUUAAGCCCAAACCCCCAAAACGCGGCCCCACGGCUUGUUUUUUCCUUUUCAACCAAUCAGCGUGGUUUGGGGGCGGAGCUUGAUGUAAAACACACUUCUGCUCAGGACUCACAUGCUGAAAUAUGUUCAUGACAUCCUUAGUCUCCUGCCUCUUUUUCUUCUUCUUUUCUCUCUACAUUCAAAUACAGAUUAUUACUCAACACUCCUGUCUUUAAUAAAACCUUCCCGUCUCACUUCAGCUCGGACUCGUAAACAUCCUCCUCGUCGUGUGUUUCGCUAGGCAGAAACCUGACCCCUGUUUACACUUCGGUUCUGAGCUCUACAUCUUCGGUGAAAGCAUAAAGCAGAUGUUUAAAUCACCUGCGUGCUCAGAGCUGCAGAUCAAAUCAAACCAUUUUAAACCUUUUAAACUUUACUUCUUUUUAGUUUUUGUCGCUUGUUGUAAGAUUAAAAACAUUUGUAUAUAUAUAUUUUUUUUCUUUCUUGGUCUGUUAAAGACCAGAUGCUGAGUGAUAAGAGUGAAUAUUCACCGUUGUUUUGUAGCGUAGAAUCGUUCACCUUUACUUCCUUUUGAAUAAUAAUUAUAUUUUUAUGUAAAUAGUUGAAUGAAGAGUAUGAAGAGUUAUAUAUAAUGUGUGUGUUAGUAUGUAUAAAAUAAGUAUUUGUAUGAAGUAUGAAAUUCUUUACAGAGUGUAUUUUAUUCGUCCCAUCGUCCUCGGACCAGGCGGUUAAUCUGGCAGCUCCUUUACACUGUUUUCACACUGAAAUGAUGAAGCUGAAGUGAAAAUAAUGACCCUAAUAAUGUCAUGUUUAAAGCCUUACUGAUGUAACGUCACUAAUGUGGUGUUGGAAAUGUUACACUUCUGUUCAAGAUAACAUUUUAGUUUUUACUGGAUUUUUUUUUUUUUUUUUACGGUGACAUGGAGAUGAGCAAGCUGCCUGUUCAUCUCCCGAACUCCUCAGCGUGUCCUAGCACAUCAAACUGUACAGAGGUCUGAUACGAAACUGCCUCGAUCCUGACUUGCAGUAAAGCUGUGGCUGCACAACACCUUCCCUUAAAACAAGCCAACGCUCUUAAAGCUUCUGAAUGUUUUUUUUUGCUUAAGAUCGAAUGCAGAACCUUUAACAUCCAUGGGACCUUUCCAUUGCACUAAAGGUUCUUUGGAGAACCAAACAUGGUUCUUCUCUAGCACUUCUGUGGGGAAAAAAAAACCCUUUUGGUUCUUCCUGUCACCUUUUAUUUUAAUUUAUAAAAAUUUAAAUAUGUCACCUUUAUUUUAUUUUACGGGAAAUUCCUUCCAUUCUUAAAAUACUCCUGGUUUAUUUUUGAAAGCAAUGAAGCAGAGACUAGCUUUAAUGUUGUAUUUACAGUCUGGGCGUGUUUUUAUCUGAUUUUGAUAAUUUUUAUUUGAUAAUAUGAAAUUAUCCUGGUACAAAUGUAAACUGCUGUUCCAAGUGCAAUAUAAAACACAGACAUGUGAAAGAUGAGGCCACUGAACUUUAUACGAGUGUGUUUUUACCUGAUGAACUGAUGACUGCAUGGUGUUUGAGUCCUGUAAAUAACAAUGCAGCCUGUGUUCACCAUCACUCGUGUUCUAUGCAAUACUGCUGUAGCAGGUCAGUGUGUACAAAAUAAACAUACAUUCACAAAA